CCAUAGCUUUCUAGUAUUAGUUGAGAUAUGGAUAUGUUUAAUUUUGAGUUGAUAAUUUUGUUUAAGGGAAGAAAUGCUCAAUUAAAUAAUAUUGGAGCAAUCAAUUAUAAGAGCAAUGGUAGUUGGCGGGCGAAGGAAUACUGUCUGCUUUCUUGCUACCUUUCUAUCUUUGUUUAUAAUAUCAUUGCUUCUAGCAAAUGGUGAAGCUUUUGAUUAUCCAUCAACUUUGAAGCCUCCCUUCUCUUGGACUAACCACCCGUCAACUGACUUCAAUUUUUGGGAAUCAGCGGGGGAGAGACCUAUCUUGGUUAAUGGGAGUUUUGUUUGUGGCUUCCACCGUAAAUUUGAAGGAACCGCCUGCCUCUUUGCUAUUUCCAUCCUUCCAUCCAGUUUUGAUGAAAACUCCAACUUUUCUACACAAACGGUAUGGUUUGCCAAUCGAAACAAGCUGAUUGGACUUGGGGCAAAAUUGCAAUUUUCUCAAGAAGGGGAUUUAACAUUGCAAGAUGAUCAUGGCACUCUGGUUUGGUCAACAGGGUCGGAUGCUACCUUAGUCUAUUAUCGAUCCUUUUGGGCUCAAAUUAGAAACCAAACAGGGCAGUUUUAUGCUAAGCUCACGAACAUGAGUUAUAUACAAUUGGGCUCUGAUGGGCACUUGAGGUCCUUCGGGUGGGUAGAAUCAAACUGGACGGAAGUCGAUGAUUUCUUUAGGUAUCAACUCCUUCGAUGUGAUUACCCACUGGCCUGCGGAGAAUAUGGAAUUUGUCUAGGAGAAGGAUGCAGUUACCCAGAACCGGUUGAAAAAAUUGGAGCUGUACAUUUCAACAGGCUGAUAAAUCCUUCACAGUCAAGUCCAAAGCUUCUUGAGCUGAAGUAUACAGAUGAACCUAGUCCGUUUAGUUUGAACUCUCUUGCUUAUAUCAUAACAGACAUAGAGAGCUGCAAGAGAGCCUGUUUAAAGAACUUUCUUUGCAUGUAUGCUGUUUUUCAACCUUCUGAUAAAAAUUACUCAGAUCCUGGCUACUGCUUUCUUAGAUCUGAAGCUUUGUCAUUCAAGAGAGUGCCUGCACAUUUGAAUCGAUCUUUGUUUUUAAAGGUGCAGAAUUCUCCAAUUGCACAGAUUCCACAAAGAAACAAAAGACAGAAUGUAGGAGUUGUAGUUGGAUCCACUCUCGGAGUCACUUUUAGUGUGUUUCUUAUCUGCACUCUCUUUUUACUUAAAAUUUAUAAAAAGAAUGCAAAGGAUGUUAAGGAGGAUUUUAUGGGCCACAUAUCAGGAGCGCCCAUGAGAUUCUUUUAUGAAGAGUUAAAGGUUGUAACCAGCAACUUCAGCAACAAGCUCGGCGAGGGAGUAUUUGGUUGUGUUUUUCAAGGAACAUUACCUGGAAGUGCUCAAGUUGCAGUGAAGUGCCUUGAUGGUUUUGGUCCCCUAAAGAAGUCAUUUAUAGCUGAGAUUGAGACCAUAGGAAGCAUUCACCAUUUCAAUUUAGUACGAUUGGUUGGGUUUUGUGCUGAGAAACAACGCAUGCUUUUGGUUUAUGAGUACAUGGGUAAUGGGUCAUUGGAUCAAUGGAUCUUCUGCAGAGACAAAGCGCUUGUUCUUGGUUGGCAAUGUAGAAGGAAGAUCACUCUAGACAUAGCCAAGGGACUAGCAUAUCUCCACGAAGAAUGCAGGCAGAAAAUAAUUCACUUGGAUAUCAAACCACAAAACAUCCUCUUGGAUGAAAAUUUCAAUGCCAAGGUUUCUGAUUUUGAGUUGUCUAAGCUAGGAGGGAGAGAGCAAAGCCAAAUUGUGACAACGAUGACGGGAACACCGGGUUAUAUGGCCCCCGAAUGGUUGAACUCGGCAAUCACAGAAAAAGUAGAUGUAUAUAGCUUUGGCAUUGUUGUUCUAGAAAUUUUAUGUGGAAGAAAAAACGUUGAUCGAUCUCUGCCAGAAGAGGAUGCCCAUUUGGUGAGCCUUUUUAAGAGAAAGGUUGAGGAUGGUCAACUUCUCGAUCUAGUGGAUAAGUGCAAUGAGGAGAUGCAAUCAAAUACAACAGAGAUUGUGGAGAUGAUGAAAGUUGCAGCAUGGUGUUUGCAAAGUGAUUAUGCUAGGAGGCCUUCAAUGUCCAUCGUGGUGAAGUUCAUAGAGAGUAAAACGGAUGAUGAAAACGAAUAUGAUUUCUCAAAUCCACCAGCAGCGUCUGAAGUGGAAACGCUCGGACACCAAAUGGAUGCAGCUGCAGUUACUGCUUCUACAUUGAUUCCAUCUAUCCUAUCUGGUCCAAGGUGAUGAUAUUGGGGAAGAGAAGACAUAAAGCACGUGCUGCAAUGGUAAUACUUCAUUUCUAGCUUCUGUUUUUAGUCAGAAUAUACUGCUCUCAGUUCUAAAGCUGUUCCAAGCCAGAAAGUAGAAUGCAAAUUACUACUACCAGAAUUAGCCUGUCUUCCUUUCUCUUUUGGGAAUCUCUUUGGAUGCUUUAUAUAUUUUGCCUUUUAAUGGUAAUAUUUUACUUUUCAAAGUUUCUUGUAGUGCUAAAAUGAAUUAGUUUUAACACA